UACCCAGUUGGUCGACCUUGUUUUAGUUAGCCCUAAAAUGGUCCAGGGUUUAUAACUAUUGGCGCUGCUUGUGGGAAGUAGUUCAGAGCUGAAAGAGGUGCCGGCUUUGAAAGUGUCUCCAAAAUGCGAGAACGAGACCAACAUUUUUCUUCAGGAAAUUAUCCAGAAGACCCCACAGGAGUACGCUGUUCUCAGUUUGUGUGCUUUGUAAUAGUUGCAAUUCCACUCGCUGCCACUCUCUUCACUGCUUUAAAGCAUUGGCAGAGAAAUAAAGGGGGCGCCCUUUCUCCAGAAUCAUCCAAGAUUAACUAUGGAAAAAAUACCAGGAACCACGUCAGGUUGUGUUUUUCUCGACACUGUCUGGAACGGCUCCUGCAAAUGCUUUGUCUACAAAACACUAGCAAAGGUGUCUUGAGCACAGCAUCCUCCAUCCCAGGAGGAGCUUACUCCUCUCUGUAUGGCAUUCGUGUUCUCAGCCUGUUAUGGAUCAUUUGUGGCCACUUGGCAAAAUUAACCAUUCAGAACAGCUUGGAAACACUUAAAAGCAACCGGCUCUACGUCAUCUCCUAUAGUGGACCUGUGUUUCUGGCUGUAGACACUUUUUUACUCAUGGGUGGGCUGCUUAGUGCCAGAACGCUGCUCAACUUUAUCAAAAGGGCUGACGGCGAAAUGAAUGCCACUUUGGUGGCCAGGUAUCUCCUCAACAGGAUCAAAAGGACGCAGCCAUUAAAUAUCUUCAUUAUGUGUUUAGCCAUUGGCCUUUCCUCCCUUUUUUCUCUGCAACCCCACCAGUUUCUGGGGACAGGAUGUAAGAAAUACUGGUGGGCUAAUGUUCUUUUGGUCAACAAUCUGAUCGGUAACCACAUAUGUAUACCCUGGACAUGGUACAUAUCGCUGGACUUCCAGUUUUAUGCCACCACUCCUCUGCUACUGUUUUUCUACAAAUUGAACCUACGUGUGUUCACAGUUGUGUCAGGUGCUUUACUGCUGUUGACCACCACUGUUGGUGCUGUUCUGCCCGCUCUUCUGCAGAUGCCAGUCUUUAGUCCAUUACCAAUUACAAAAGAGGUCUAUUAUAUGUAUUACUACUCCAGCCCAUUCACAAGGUAUGGGCCAUUUUUAAUUGGGAUUAUAACUGGAAUAUAUAUGACAACUAAGACAGAUCGGCUCAUCAAACAAAGGUGGCAGGCAGCUGUAGGCUGGUUUUGCAGUCUGUCCCUUAUGGCACUCUUAGUUGAAAUGGCCUACAUCCUGAAGGACACUCCAUCCUACCCCUCCAUACCACAUGCCCUCUAUCAAGGUCUGCACAGGACACUGUGGACGUGUGCUGUUUCGUGGAUCAUUGUUGCCUGUGAGGAAGGAUAUGGAGGAUUCAUCAAGAGCUUUUUGUGCUGUGGUAUCUGGAUUCCACUUUCCAACAUUAGUUUAGCUUGUUAUCUUAUACAUCCACUUUUGAUUUUACUCUACAAUGGUGCACAAGUAACACCAUUCAUCUACACAGACCUAAACUUUAUGUAUCUCUUCUUUGGCUGCGUGGUGUCCACAGUGCUGAUCAGCUACUUGCUGACUGUGCUAAUUGAGCGGCCUUAUUUUUUCAAAUUGACCUAGACGUUUAUAUAGUUCAUUUGGGAAAUGUGAUGGUUGCAGCACGACGAAGGUGUCCACAAAUAUGGGUAUAAUAUGGGUACAGGUAUAUAAUUUACAAAUGAAGACAUUGUGUGUUGGAAUUAUUGAAUCAUGUUAUGGUAAACUUUUCUUAGGGUAUUUGGGUAAGCUCAUGAAAAACUGACCAGAAAUGUCACAAUAUGAAGUACGCUAUAAGUUACAUUUCUCUGUUCUCCUGACUUUGAUUCAAACUAUGUCAAAGCUAAGAUAUUGAAACAUAAGCGGUGUUGUAAAUACAUAAAGAUCAUAUG